AUGGAAGAUAAGCCUAAGAAGUUUCUUCACAUUGCUGUUUUUCCAUGGCUUGCUUUUGGACAUAUUAGUCCUUUUCUCGAGCUUUCUAAACUCAUUGCUCAAAAGGGUCACAAUAUUUCAUUCAUUUCCACACCUACAAACAUCAAACGUCUCCCUCAAAUUCCUCCAAAUUUACAACCUUUCUUCAAUUUUGUGGAACUCCCACUUCCCCACAUAGAUCAACUUCCUGAAAAUGUAGAAGCCACUGCGGACAUUCCACAACAUAUUGUUCCAUAUCUCAAGAAAGCAUUUGAUGGUCUUCAACAACCUUUGACUCAAUUUCUGAAAACAUCCACUCCUGACUGCAUCAUAUAUGACUUUGCACCUUAUUGGUUACCACCAAUAACAUCAAAGCUUGGCAUCUUAAGCAUCUAUUUCUCUACUUUUAAUGCAUUUACUAUGUCUUUUGGAGUAGAUUUUUUAGUUCGGGCUCAGGAGGCAGAAAACAAGGACAAAAUUGUUGUUUCUGUUUACUUUGAACCAAAUGAAUCUGGUGUUUCCGAUAUCUUUAGGAUGAAAGAAACUCUUUUUGGUGCUGAUUUUAUUGCUGUAAGAAGUUGCAUGGAGAUUGAAGGUCAGUCUUUAAAAUCACUUGAAAACCAAAGCAAGAAAAAAGUGAAACCAGUUGGAUUAUUGCCACCAUCACUAGAAUUCAGUGAAGAGGAAAAGGAUGAAAAUUGGGAUACAAUACUAAAGUGGUUGGAUAAACAGGAAAAAAAGUCAGUGGUUUAUGUUGCAUUUGGAACUGAAGUGAUAUUAAGUGAUGAAGAACUUACUGAGAUAGCUAAAGGAUUGGAAUUAUCUAGUUUUCCUUUUCUUUGGAUUUUGAAGAACCAUGAUAAACAUGAUUGGUUUGUUGAGAAUGAUUCAAAUAAGAAUGGAUUGAUUUGGAAUAAUUGGGCACCACAGUUGAGAAUCUUAUCACAUGAGUCAAUUGGAGGAUUCUUGACACAUUGCGGUUGGAGUUCAGUGAUUGAGAGUCUUCAAGUUGGGUGUCCACUUAUUAUGUUACCUUUCAUUACUGAUCAAGGUAUAAAUGCUAGACUUAUGGAAGAAAAAAUGGUUGGGGUAAAGGUAGAGAGAAAUGAUGAGAAAUUCAGUAGGGAUUCAGUGGCGAAAGCAUUAAGAUUGGUGAUGGUAGAGGAGGAAGGAAAGGGUUAUAGGAGUAAAGCUGAAGAGAUGAGGAAGAUAGUUGGAGACAAGAAGAUGCACCAAAAAUAUAUAGAUGAGUUUGUUAAUCAUGUGGAAUUGCACAUCCCUUCCUCUAAGCAAUAA